AUGAGUAAAAUCCCGAUGCAAGAGAUGAAGUAAUAUCUGGAUCAAAAAAUAGAUUUCAACUCAGAAUUAACUUAAAUCGUAAUGAAGAAAUUGGGAUUGACUCAAAGAUCCUUGCAAAGAAUGAAUUAUUUAGAAUAUAUGACAUCAAAUACUAGUUAGUAAGACUACUUUUUAUACUUGCAUGCUGUUGCUAUGAACAUUAAAAAAUUUCAAUAAACAAUUGCCAAAAUGAGUUCCAAGGACAAGUCAAUUGAUUGUACUGAUCCUGGAAAUGUUGAUGAAAUAAUUGCACUUCUUGAUGAAAGAAUGAAGCAUAAAAACCACACCAGUAGCCAACCUUGUAUAACUUCUAAUAGGGAUAGAACACUUGAAAGGGAUGAUACAGUAUUAUGUACUUAAUAAAAAAUAAUACAAUUAUCAAAUUAAGGAAUCAAAUCUAUUACAGAAAGGAAUACACUAAAGUACAAUUAGUUAACACAUCAAAAUUCGAUUAUCAAUUCUUCUAGUCCCAAUAAGAUCAUUUUGAAAAAAUUAGUGAUUUCAAAUAAUCAAAGCAUUGUUGACCUUAUUUAAAAAUAAUAAUAAGCUUCCGUUGAUGCCAGUUCACUUGAAUAACUCAAUGAAUCAUUGCCAAGAAAUCAGCCAGUUAAAAACAUCGCAAUAAUGUCAGGAAUUAAACAUAGAUUAAAAGACCACCCAUCUCAUACUAAAUCGAUUGAUGAGAUUAUGUAGAAAAUAGCAAAAUUAAGAAGCACAUCUCAACAAUCGAUCGAUUCUGGUAGACAAUUACCUAAUACAAAAAUCAUAUUAACAAAAUAAAAGAAUAAUAAUAAGCAAGAGAAUGUCAUUUCUACUAAGUUGGAAAUGAUGUUGAAAAGAGAGAAGUUGAUUCGACAAGAACCUAUGAAAAUACACUAAGUAAAAUUAGGUAAUAUCAUGGGCGUAAUAUCUAAAAUACGAAAUUAACAAACUAAAUUGAAAAUAUUUCAAUAACUAAAUAAUGAUCUUUUAUGA